AUGGAUGAGGGCGGAAAUGAGAAGGUUUCAAUGGAGAAUUUUGCUUUGAUUAGAGUUCUUGGAAAGGGGGCUUAUGGAAAAGUAUUUCUCGUUAGAAGGAUAGGUGGGCAAGAUAGUGGACGUUAUUAUGCUAUGAAGGUGCUAAAAAAGACUCGAGUAACGCAAAAACAAAAAACACUUGAACACACAUUAGCUGAAAGAAAAGUUUUGGAAAGAUUGAAAGGAUUACCUUUUUUGGUAAAUAUGGUUUAUGCCUUCCAAACAGAUACAAAAUUACAUAUCGUUAUGGAAUUUGUUCGUGGAGGAGAACUUUUCACACAUUUAUGUAAAAGAAAAAAAUUUGAUUUGUCGACAGCUAGAUUUAUUUUGGCAGAAAUCGCUUUAGCAUUAGAAAAUGUUCACAAAGCGGGUGUUAUUUAUAGAGAUUUAAAAUUAGAAAAUAUUUUAUUGGAUGAAGAAGGGCAUAUUAAAUUAACUGAUUUUGGACUUUCUAAGGCUUUUGAAGUUGAUGAAAAUGCUACAAAUUCUUAUUGUGGAACUAUUGAAUAUAUGUCUCCAGAGAUUAUACGCCGUACAUCUGAUGGAUAUACUCAAGUUGUUGAUUGGUGGAGUUUUGGAGUUAUUGCUUUUGAAUUAUUAACGGGAUGUUCUCCAUUUACGUAA